AGGGGAGGAGGCUUCCAGGGCCAAGGGCUGUAUGUCCUCGGGUGGAGCCAAGUGGGAUGAGUCCUUCCUGGGUGUCCAGGAGGCGAAUAGUUGAAGAGAAUCAGGAAGUCCGUAGGGAGUUCCUGUGGGGUUUGAUGAGAUGUUGGAGAAAUGAGACCUCUGUUGGGGGCACACAUGAGGAUGGCUCGGCCUCUGGAGCAGGCGGUGGCUGCCAUCGUGUGCACCUUCCAGGAAUAUGCGGGGCGCUGCGGGGACAAGCACAAGCUCUGCCAGGCAGAGCUCAAGGAGCUGCUGCAGAAGGAGCUGCCCACCUGGUUGCCGACGGAGUUGCGGGAGUGUGACUACAAUAAGUUCAUGAGUCUUCUGGACACCAACAAGGAUUGCGAGGUGGACUUUGUGGAGUAUGUGCGCUCCCUUGCCUGCCUCUGCACCUACUGCCAUGACUACUUCAAGGAUUGUCCCCCGGAGCCCCCCUGCUCCCAGUAGCCUCGGCUCCAGCGCUGCCCCCACAGGUCUGCUCUGAUCUGCUCCAUCUCUGCGCUGAGGUGGCCCUGGGCAUGACCCCCACACACUCCUCCCCUCUCCUCUGCACCCUCUCCAUCAGGAGACCCCUAGCGUUGCCCCUGAUAGCUUAACCCAUUUUGCUCACGGUGGGGGGCACAUGAAGGGACCUGUUCCCAGGACCACAGCGGGUGGAUGCAAGAGCAGCCAUCCGCUGCCUCCCCACAGAGGCCCCAGAUGGGUGGAGGUGGGGAUCUGCUCUGAGGCUGCCCAGGCCCGGCAGAGUGUGCAUGAAUGAAACCACAACAGGAACAGGCCUGCUUAACUCCUAAUAAAGAACUGGUGUCGCUUG